AUGAGAAACGUUCUAGAACGAGUCCUAAUCCCUCUUUCAAAACACCUCUGGGAAUGUGAAGUCCCCCUUCUAGUAUGCCAAAGCAUCGGCUUCUUAGGUUACAUCAGGCUUCAAAUCAAAGAGCACACAGUUAUCGAGGCUCAUCCAGACAACGAAAGUCCCGAUUUGAGAUUGGACCAGCCUUGGCCGGCGCUCAAUGACUACUUGAACAGUAUCGAUAUUGAACAACUAGACCAAAAAGAAAAAAGCCACGUGCCGCCUGUAGCAAUAUUGCAUUACUAUUUGAACAAGUACAAAGAUAGUCACGAUGGUAAUGUUCCACAGAAAAGAUCCGAAAGGGAACAGUUACAGCAAAUGAUUAAAGACAGUGGACACAGUGAGGAAGGCAACAACCGAUUUAUUUUGGAAGAAAACUUCGAGCAAGCCAUACAUUAUGCUAACACUUGCGCUACCACUAAACCGAUUCCGGAUCACGUGCAAACGAUUUUGGAUGACGAUUGUUGUGUAAAACUUACUCAAAACAGCUCGUCGUUUUGGAUCAUGUGCUCGGCUUUAAGAGAAAUGGUUCAAGCUGAGGGGGCGUUGCCUUUGAAGGGCACUUUGCCCGACAUGGCAGCGGAUACACAAAGCUAUAUUACUCUGCAAAAUAUUUAUCAGAAGCAAGCGCAAAAUCAAGCCGAAAGUAUUUAUAGAAGGGCUUUGGAGAUUAUUAGGAAUUUGGGGUUGCCACAAGAUAGUAUUACUGAAAGUGAAGUAAAAUAUUUUUGCAAACACUCCAGUGAGCUUCAUUUGAUACGUGGCAGUUGCUUGGCUGACGAAUACCAAAAAACUAGCCUAGAUUUAACUUCGUAUUUGGAGGAUCCUGAUAGCUUGAUAUUUUAUUAUGUGAUUCUUAGGGGCCUGGAAAGAUUUCUUAGCGAGUUCAAUGCCUAUCCAGGCCAGUUGGAUGACCAAGUCGAGCCUGAUAUUUUAAAACUGAAAGGUAUUAUCAAUAAACUUUUAAAUGAAUGGGGCUACUCGCAUGUUUUACGAGACGAAAGGGUGCACGAGGUUUGCAGAUACGGUGGGGCGGAGUUGCAUUCAGUUUCGUCUAUUUUAGGUGGUUGCGCCGCUCAAGAAGUUAUCAAAGUUAUAACGCAUCAAUAUAAACCGCUGGUUAACACUUUUAUUUACGAUCUGAUUAAUUCUACUUCUGCCACGUUUUGUCUUUAGAUAUUAUAAUUAUUAUUACUGUUAAUUAGGAUUUUAAGUAAUAAAUGAGUUUUUUUUUUCUCA